GAAGAAACAUGAUCAGAUCCGACAUUAGUAAAAUUGGAUAAUCCAGCUGUCUCUAAUUCUGCAAUACACAGUUUUUUUACACUACAAAACAAACUUGUGUACAAAACAAAUUGUCUCCUAUUUUUCAAACUGAACAUGAUUCACAAGAUCAACAGAGAUACAUGAAAUAUACAUAGUUCAACUGAAGUAAAUUCAAGGUUCCAGUAACAAGAUCAUAUUAGACGAAGACAAUGAUUGGAGGUGCCAGGAUGAAAUUUCUCAUACAAGAUCUGCGGAGGAACAAAGUUGCCUUGCUUCUCGUGAUGACCCAGGAUCAGUUUAUAUCCGGCAACUGCGGGAUGCUGUGGAGACCGCAGAAUGUGAGCUAGUGGACAAUAUCGAUUACGCUGACUAUGAUGUGAAGGAUGGAGAGAUCUUCGACUUCAUCAUUGUGGGAGCAGGGUCGGCCGGGGCAGUGAUGGCCAACAGGCUAACGGAGAAUCCAGACUGGAAUGUUUUACUGCUGGAGGCUGGAGGGAAUCCGACUGUGACUACUGAGGUACCAGGGCUUGCCGCUGCAGUGGUUCGGACAGAUCUCGACUGGCAGUACCAAACGGAACCAGAUCCCUCCAACUGUCAGGGCAGUGCUAACAAGAGUUGCUACUGGCCAAGAGGAAAGAUGUUGGGAGGGUCCAGCUCAAUCAAUGCCAUGCUAUACGUCAGAGGAAACCCGAAGGAUUUUGAUGAUUGGGAAAACAUGGGCAAUCCUGGAUGGAGCUACAAAGACAUGUUACCUUACUUCCAAAAGUCAGAGGAUUUAAGGUCUGAAACAGUGUUGAAAAAUAGGCAGGUUUUCAGAUAUCACAAUAAGGGAGGGUAUUUAAAAAUUGAGUCUUUCAAGAGGAACAUUAAUUUCUUCACUGAUUUGUUCUCAAAAGGGUUUCACGAGCUGAGCUAUCAGUCCUUUAGCGAUGUAAAUGCUGAACACCAUGAGGGAUUCUUUCUUCUGCAAGGAACACUAGAAAAUGCGAGGAGAUGCAGUACAGCAAAAGCCUUUUUACGCGAUUUCCAAAAAAGACCUAAUCUUAAAAUUUCAACAAACUCAUUAGUGCUCAAGGUCUUAAUAAAUGAUAAAAAUACUGCUUAUGGAGUCGAGUUUUCAAAAAAAGGGAAAAUCUUGAGAACUUUGGCCACAAAAGAAGUCAUUCUUUCAGCAGGAAGUAUCAAUUCACCACAAUUAUUAAUGCUAUCUGGCAUUGGGCCUCGAAGACAUCUUAAUAAAUUGGGGAUUAAAGUUGUACAAAACUCGAAAGUUGGGUACAACCUUCAAGAUCACACAAUUAUGAGAGGUUUCAUAGUGACAUUGGAUAUCCAUACUUCAACCCCAGACCCAAUAGAAAGUAUGUUUCAGUUUUUGAUAAAUUCAAGAGGAGAAUUUUCUGGUCCAAAUUUUCUUAGCAUAGCGGGAUUCAUUAAAACUUCUCAAGCUAAAAGUCACAAUAUUCAAUUCUAUUUUACCUCUCAAGCCGCUAAUUCUUCAACCAUUCUCCAACGGGGCUUGAGGACUUUUGGUUAUGAUGAGGUAAUUGUUCGAUCACUGGUGAAAAUAAAUGCAAACAAUUUUGUAAUAUCCAUUACUCCAUCUUUGGUGCAACCAAAGAGCCGUGGAAGGAUUUUGCUCAAGAGCACAAAUCCUUUCGACCACCCCCUUAUAUACCCCAGAUACUUUUCUGAGGAGCAAGAUAUCGUUGAAAACUUGGAAGCCAUAGAAUUUGCAAAUAAACUGGUCAACACAGAUGCCCUAAAACGUUUUAAUGCCAGAGUUCAACGAAUUGACAUUCCUGAAUGUAACGUUUUCCAGUUUCAGUCGGAACCGUACUGGAGGUGUGUGAUCAAGUAUAUGUCAGUGACAGUCUACCAUCCUGUAGGGACUUGUCGGAUGGGACCUAGAGGAGAUAGAGACUCUGUUGUGGAUCCACAGCUGCGAGUGAUCGGAAUCUCCAGCCUGAGAGUGGUGGAUGGCUCAGUCAUGCCCAAAAUUACAAGCGGAAACACAAACGCUCCCAUAAUCGCUGUUGCGGAAAAAGCUUCGGACUUGAUCAAAAAUCACUGGGGAUUUUGUUAAGUGCGGAGAAGUAAAAUAUGGAAUCCAAAA